CCCAUAAAACGCGUCUCUUCAACGUCACACAUCGUUCCGAGUGCGCCAUGACAUAGACAUGAUUGGGGGUCGCGACAUCAUUUUUAUGUGUACAGCAGGUAUCCCGUUGCACCUUAAUUUAGACCCUUACAACCAAUAUAUUAUAUCUCCUUCAGUGAUUUAGCUACUCAUAAUUCAUCAUUUGCAAGAGUUGUUCGUUCAGAACCUGCUUCCUGCAUGAAUAGAUUGAUACAUAACCUUAUCCAACCGGAAUGGCGGAUACUAGCACACUGGCUCUGCUCUCGCGAAAGGAUCGAGAGGCUGUGCAACAAAUAAACGCCGACAACGCUGCGGCCCCCAAGGCCGGUGCAAAAGGCUUGAAAUCCACCCUCGGCAAGCGCAAAUCCGACGCGACCACUGACGCCGAGUCCGACGACGAGAGCGACUGGGACCUCUUCGCAGCUAUCGAAGACAUCCCCAUCACCAAGACCCCCGCCCAAGUGCGCACCCAGAUCCGCCGACUCAUUGACAGCGGCGAGCUCAAGAUCGGCGAGUUCUGCAAGAAGAUCGGCGUCAGUAACAGGUCAUACAAUGACUUCAUACGGCAGACCCGCGGCGGCGACAACAGCAACACCUACAUCCACGGCCUCGCCUACCUGCAGUACCGCGCGCGCAAGGGCAAGAAAAUCACCACCAAGCGCCCCAAAAAGGACGUCGAUGCGUCAGGAAAGCCCGUCGCGGUCGACUGGGACGUCAGCGCCAUCCACCUCGACGGCGAAGACGCCAACGCCGUCGAGGUCUACGACACCUGCGACGAGGUGCGCCGCAAGGUCGACGCCCAGCUGCGCAAGCCGGGCGUCACCCAGGCCGCGCUGAUGCGCGCUAUCAAAGCACAGUUCCACCCCCCCAAAUCCCUCUCCUCGAGCAGCCUGCAGAAUUUCCGCAACAAGCGCGGCGCCAACGCCGGGGCUACGUCGGACGUGUUCUAUGGCGCGUAUGUCUUCUUUGAGAAGAUGAGGUUGAAGGAGGGGAAGCCGAAGUCGGCUCAUCGGCAGCGCAUGGAGCAGGAGUGGCCUAGAGGGUUCGACCUGAAGCACGGGAGCAAUACCUCAUAUAUAUGUUUGGGGGACGAGCGGCCGCAGAUCGACCAGUAUGGCAAACUCUCCAUUGUGGGGAGGUAAAUCCGGCAGUAAAGCGUAUGUGGUUCCCCUGGGCCGUGAAGGGUUCUUCUAAUUAAUUGGAUUCGAUUUCGGCUAUAUGUAUUUUUAAUCGGCAUUUUAGACCCAAUAUCAGGAUCGGUUCGAACUGCUUUCACGAUAUCGGAGUACAGCAGCCUUAUAAUUACAAUACUACUUAACUGAAGGGGGAAUAAAAGCAAUUUCAGUCGUG